GGUGGGACGGCGGCCAAUUCGAACGUCGUUAUUACAUUCGAUUACAUUCGUUGGUGAGAUGCCAUGUCGACCGCUCGCGCUUUCGUAACCCGCACCCUGCUUCCCGAGGCGUUGGACAUCAUCCGGGAGGUUGCCGACGUGACCGUGUGGCCGGAGGAAACGCCGCCAUCGGUCGAGGAACUGCGCCGGCACUGCGGUGAUGCCGACGGGAUUCUGACCACCAUCAUGGACCGCGUGGACGCCGACCUGCUGGACGCGGCCCCACGCCUGCGGGCGAUCAGCCAGUUGGCGGUGGGUCUGGACAACGUCGAUGUGGCCGAGGCAACGCGGCGGGGCAUCCCGGUGGGCUAUACGCCCGGAGUGCUGGCCAAGUCUACCGCCGACCUGGCGAUGGCUCUGUUGCUGGGCGCGGCGCGGCGCACGUCGGAGAGCGAACGCUGGUUGCGCGGCGGCGGCUGGCAGAUCCAGUUUCACCCCACCCACUGGCUGGGACAGGAUGUGCAUGAAGCCUGCCUGGGCAUUGUCGGAUUGGGUCAGAUCGGCCGUGAGAUCGCCAAGCGCGCCGGCGGGUUCGACAUGGACAUCGUGUACCACUCGCGCACCCGGUAUCCUGACGCCGAAGCGGAGCAUGGCCUGCGCUACGCCGAGUUUCCCGACCUGCUGGCGCAGGCCGAUUUCGUCGUUCUCAGUGUGCCGCUGACUCCGCAAACGCAUCACCUGAUCAGCGGUCCGCAACUGGCGAUGAUGAAACCCUCGGCCAUCCUCAUCAACGUGUCGCGCGGGCCGGUGGUCGAUCCGGCGGCGCUGUACGAGGCGCUGCGCGACGGGCAGAUCGCGCGGGCCGCCCUGGACGUGACCUCGCCGGAGCCCAUCGCCGUCGAUGACCCGUUGCUGACGCUGGACAACCUGGUCAUCACGCCGCACAUCGGCAGUGCGGCCCUGCCCACCAGGCUGAACACGAUGAAACUGGCAGCGCGGAACCUGGUGGCCGGGCUCAAGGGAGAGCCGAUG